AUGUUCUUCUUUAACUGGGUUAUACUUUGAACUUGGUCCUUGUUCUCUUACCAAAGGAGGCCGUAAUACAACUUUUAGAGAUUCCUCAUGGAAUAAUAAUGCUAGUCUUUUGUUCUUGGAACAACCAGUUAAAGUAGGAUAUUCUUAUAGUGAUGGUGGUGAUGAUGUAUCUACUUCUAUAGAAGGCGCGCUCGAU